ACUCGUUCGCGGGAGUUGAUCAGGAAGUGACGCUGUAGCGCGAGCGGCGGAGUCUGAAGUGUUUACAGUGUUGUUUGGAUUUUAGGUUUAGGUUUUUAAUCAUUUUUUUGGGUGUUGAUGGAUUCGGUGUCUGGCAGCAGCGCGGCUUUCGCAGAUAAGCCGGUGAAUCGGAUGCAGGUCUGCAGAGCCGAGUACCGAGCGAUUGGGCGGUUCGUGGAGCAGCUGCGCCCCACGAGGCAGUGCAUGAAGACACUGCAGACUCAGUUCCCACAUCUUCCUCCGUCCACUCUUCUGAGCAUCUUCUCCCAGGAGUACCAGAAGCGGAUGAAGCGCAGCAUGGUGAGGCAUCACGCUCCUGACGUGCUCAAAGCAUAUUAUCAGAGGUACCGCAGCGAAGCCCAGACUCGUCCUACAGCCCCGCUUCUGCUGGAGCUCGCCAACCAGGUGGACCUGUCUCCGGCUCUCCUGGCGCGUCUGAUCGUGGAGUGUUUUCUGGAGGAGCGCGCGGCUUCAGUCCCUUCCAGACACGUCCUCAACAACAUGCUGCGCGAGCCGUAUUCAAUUCCAGACCUGCUGUUAGCGAAGCACGUUGAGCAGUGCACAGUAAAUGACUGCUGUUAUGGACCGCUGGUCGACUGCAUCAAACAUGCCAUCGGUCUGGAGCACGAGGACCUGCUGCGGGACAAACUCAGGGAGAGGAACCUGUCCUUCUUAGAUGAAAACCAGCUCCGUGCCAAAGGCUAUGACAAAACCCCGGACAUCAUUCUGGAGGUGCCCAUCGCUGUUGAUGGCCAUAUAGUUCACUGGAUUGAGAGCAAAGCUUCGUUUGGAGACGAGCACAGCCAUCACACGUACCUGAACGAGCAGUUCUGGAGCUACUGCAACAGAAUCUGUAACCGAGCUCGUGCUCUUGUGACGGUUUAACCGUAAAGAGCUCUGAAGAAGCAAAGUUGACACGACAGCAUGACGUCAGGAAAUCUUUCUGGGAUUUGACAUUUAACACCGCAGCACACCCCAGUGCAGCGCAAGACGUCUGACACGCACCUCUGAAUGCUAAUGCCACAUGACAAGAUGCUUUCAUGCUUUACGGAUUUCAAUGCAUAUUUAGGGACAUUGUUUAAUGCGCUCGCAUGUAAUCCGCACACUUCAGGUCCCCAUCAGCUGUGGGAU